AUGCAAUAUGGCCAGCAAAAUCAACCACAACAACUUGACAACCAAAGUAUAAUGGCUUCAAAACAAUCCCUUCCGCAACAAUCCAUACAACACCAACCGCUUGAAAUUUCUCAGAUGCAAUAUGGCCAGCAAAAUCAACCACAACAACUUACCAACCAAAGUAAAGAACAGACCAAGAGCGACGAGUUAGUGGAUGCGGCGCGGGAACGAGAAGAGGACACUGGAUGUUGUCUUUGCGACUGCUUACGAAUAUCAUUUCAAAUUUGUAUUCAUGGUGUAAAAGAACAAGUUGAGUAUGAUCAAACAGAGGAAGCGAGAAGAGCUCGCGCGCAAGGCUUUG